CUAGCACAUAAUAAAUUAGAUGGGCCUAUUCCAGAUUCAUUUGGCAAAAUGCUGGCCUUAGAAUUCUUGGAUUUGAGCAAUAACAAUCUAACCGGUGAAAUUCCAAAGUCAUUAGAAGCUCUCGUGUAUCUCAAAUACUUGAACUUCUCAUUUAAUGAACUCAGUGGAGAGAUUCCCACGGGUGGUCCUUUUGCAAAUGCCAUAAGUCAAUCUUUCUUGCAAAAUUAUGCCCUUUGUGGUGACUCUAAGUUUCAUGUUUCACCAUGCGUCAUCAAAUCUCCGAAGAAGUCAAAGAGAAAAAAGAUAAUCUUGGUUUUGUACAUCCUUUUGGGAGUGGGUAUGCUAUUUCUUGCAUUAGCCCUCGCAUAUGUAUUUUUAAGAUGGAGAAAGAUAAAGAAGAAUGCAGAUCAAGCAGAUGUCUUUCCGGUAAAAGGGAAACAUGAAAGAAUUUCUUACUAUGAACUUGAACAAGCAACAGAAGGAUUCGACGAAAGCAACUUGCUUGGUAGUGGGAGUUUCAGCAAGGUUUUCAAAGGGAUACUUAAGGAUGGUACUCUUUUGGCAGCAAAGGUAUUCAAUGUGCAAUUGGAGGGUGCAUUCAAAAGUUUUGAUACAGAAUGUGAGAUGCUGCGCAACCUCCGCCAUCGAAAUCUUACAAAAGUCAUCACCAGCUGCUCCAACCCUCACUUCAAAGCCUUGGUAUUAGAAUACAUGCCGAAUGGGACACUUGAAAAAUGGCUAUACAAUCACAACUUUUUCUUAGACAUGUUGCAGAGAUUAAGUAUAAUGAUAGAUGUUGCAUCUGCAAUAGACUAUCUCCACAAUGGCAAUUCAACACAUGUGGUGCAUUGUGACUUGAAGCCAAGCAACGUCUUACUAGAUCAAGAAAUGGUUGUCCAUGUCAGCGAUUUUGGCAUUGCAAAAUUGUUAGGUGCAGGGGAGGAUUUUGUUCAAACAAGGACAAUAGCAACCAUUGGAUAUAUUGCUCCAGAAUUUGGACAAGAUGGAAUAGUCUCCACAAGCUGCAAUGUUUAUAGUUUUGGCAUCGUGAUGAUGGAGACGUUCACAAGAAGGAGACCAAGUGAUGAAAUAUUUACCGGAGAAAUGAAUAUACGAUGUUGGAUUAAUGAUUCUUUUCCGAGUGGUAUUCAUAAGGUGGUGGAUUCUAAUUUGAUACAACCAAGGGAUGAACAAAUCGAUGCAAAGAUGCAUUGUUUGUCAUCUAUCAUGAAAUUAGCUUUGAGCUGCACUGUAGUGACACCUGAUGCAAGAAUUAGCAUGACAGAUGUUCUUUCAACACUCGAAAAGAUCAGACUCCAGUUUGUCAAUAGUCUCCGCUAGGUAGAAUUAGACUGUUGUGUUUUACUAAGUGUGAAAAAUUAA